UGGGAAGGCAUGGGCCGGGCCCAGCUCUGUCUCAGUAGCUGCCGCCGCCUGCUCUAGAGGCGGGCUACGCGCUGUGGCGUCCCGGGCUUGCCGGAGCGGACGCCGGGGCCGGGCGGUUCCCUCUUCGCUCAGCUGUGACUUCUUUUGGACAACCCAUGAUAUUUAUUAUUGUGCCAAGUUUCUACAAAUAAAAGAUGGGUGGAUUAUUUUCUCGAUGGAGGGCAAAACCUUCAACAGUAGAAGUUCUAGAAAAUAUAGAUAAGGAAAUUGAAGCACUGGAAGAAUUUAGAGAAAAAAAUCAGAGAUUGCAGAAAUUAUGGGUUGGAAGAUUAAUUAUCUAUUCUUCAGUUCUUUAUCUGUUUACAUGCUUAAUUGUGUACUUGUGGUAUCUUCCUGAUGAAUUUACAGCAAGACUUGCCAUGACACUCCCAUUUUUUGCUUUUCCUUUUAUCAUCUGGACCAUAAGAACUGUGCUUAUUUUCUUCUUUUCCAAGAGAACAGAGAGAAAUAAUGAAGCAUUGGAUGAUUUAAAAUCCCAGAAGAAAAAGAUACUUGAAGAAGUCAUGGAAAAAGAAACUUAUAAGACAGCUAAGUUAAUUCUUGAAAGAUUUGAUCCAGACUCAAAGAAAGCAAAGGAGUUUGAGCCGCCAUCUGCUGGAGCAGCUGUAACUGCAAAACCAGGACAAGAGAUUCGUCAGCGAACUGCAGCUCAAAGAAACCUUUCCUCAGCACCAGCAAGCUCUACUCAGGGCCCUCCUCCACAAGUUCCAGUAUCUCCUGGGCCAUCAAAGGAUGCUUCAGCUCCUGGGGGACCUCCAGAAAGGACUGUUGCUCCAGCUUUACCCAGGCGCCUUGGAUCCCCUGCUACUUCAGUGCCUGGAAUGGGCCAUCAUCCUCCAGGUCCACCCUUAGCAAGACCCAUUCUCCCCCGAGAACGAGGUGCUCUGGAUAGAAUUGUUGAAUAUUUAGUUGGUGAUGGUCCACAGAACAGGUAUGCUCUCAUAUGUCAGCAGUGUUUGUCGCACAAUGGCAUGGCUUUAAAGGAAGAGUUUGAAUACAUUGCUUUUCGAUGUGCCUACUGUUUUUUCUUGAAUCCUGCAAGAAAAACCAGACCUCAAGCUCCACGACUUCCAGAGUUUAGUUUUGAAAGGAAGCAGGCAGUGGAAGGCUCAAGUUCAGCUGGUCCCAUGUCAUCAGAAAGUGUACCCUCACCAGAGAGUCAGUUCAGUGAAGAAUCUUUAGAAGAACAAGAUGUUCUUGGUAAUAGUACAGAGCAGGGAGACGACAAAAUACCAGUGGCAGAGCAGACAAGCCAAGUGAUUGAAAAAACAUCUGGUCCAGAGGAUCCAGAGGCGAAGCAAGAAGAGACAGAGAAUGAAGAAACGUCAACAAAUGAAGCCAAGUCAACAGUUCUCACAGCUGAUUCUGUUUCUAAUCUUGAACCAAGUGGAGAAUCUUUGGUGACACAGCAGUAAAUAACUCCAUGUGCCUUCUACUGGACAUUUGUAGUCUUGUUGAUGUCAGUUACUGCUUUUUUUUUUUUUGUGGUACUCAAAAAAAUGCCUUUUAGAUAUAUGCUUAAUACUAUUCAAAUUCAGAUUGCCUAGCAAGUUUAGUGUGUUCAAGUCCUGUCUAUUGGGCAUUGAAAAUAAAAGCAUGUGGUAUCACUGAAUGUGCAGAGACCCACAUAGCUAUUAGAUAUUUUGUGCAUUCUAAAGUUUAAAAAAAAGCAUUUUUGUUUUCUACACUUAUAACUUGUAAAUAAUACCCAUUUUGACAUAGGAACAAUUUUGGCUAGGAAUAAUUUCUUUAAUGGUGUUUAAGGAUUGAAACAUAAUUAAGAUUUUGAAUACUUCAUCAUUGAAUUUUAACUCCUGAGAUAUUUGCCAGUGGGAAGGAUAUAUCUAUUUAGGUGUUUACAUUAAGUGAUACUGAAAGCUGUAAUCUUAAUUACAUAGGCAUUGGUACGAAUUGUCAAUAAGAAUGCAACUGAACAGUCAAGUGCAGUGUUUCUUUUGAUGUCUUUUAUUCUGCAGCUGGGCCAAAGGCAUGUGAUGUAUAUAGUUAGUUUAUGUUUACAUAUUAACAAAUAGGAACUAUGUCUGCACUUGACUGUACUUGAAUUCUUGGUAUUAUUUAUAUUUGUAAAAUAAUGAUAUAUAAAUGAAUUGAAUUUGUGUGUGCGUGUGUUUUGGAAAAUAAAGAUGACCUGGCAAUGUUUUUUCUUGGUUAAAUAUCUACACUUCUUCACAUAGUGUUUUAAUGGAUGACUAGCCAUCUGAAAAAAAAUCUUGGUAGGGAGAGUUCACUGUAUGAUAAAUACAUAGUAAAUUAUGUUUUUGUUUUUCAUUUAGAUUUUCAAAUUCAGAGAAAUAAGAAAUUUGGUAUUUUUAAUCAGAAGUUAAAAUGUUCUGAUUUUGAAACACAUUAUGCCAUUUGUAGUUUUUAACUUUGAGAGACAAAUACGUUUUUGAACUAGGCAGUUAGCUGCUAAUGAAGCUCACUGGAUUGAGUAUAUAUAGCAAGGAGCAGGUGUGAAGAUUUUUGAUAUAGACUAGUUAAUCUUAAACACAAUCCGAUAAUUGGUUCUAGCUUCCUUUGCUGUGUCUUCUCCAAUAUUGAAACAAUUAGAAGUGAAGUUAUUAUGCCAUAGGGGAGACAUGUUAGCAUAGUGUGUCUGGUUUAAAUUAAAUAUACUUUUAUCAUUUAAAAAUUUAUUUUUAGAUUUAAUAUCUCAUCUGACAUAUAUUAAAGAACCUAGUUUGUUAAUAGUCUGAGACAUUUUAGUUUGGUGCCCAUAAAUUCAAGGAUGUGGAAGUAGACUUGAAUGUCAGCUUUGUAAUCCUGGGCAUUUCACCUAACCUCUUCUCAUUUAUUUCAUCUGUAAAAUGGGAAAAAUAAUAUCUGUUUUCUAUAGGUACUGGGAUGAUAAAAAUAGUUUAUAUGAUGUGCCUAGCUUUCUUGCUGGAUAACUAAUAGAUAUUAGAUUACAUGGUAGAAAUUAUUAUUAUUAUUAUUAUUAUUAUUAUUAUUAUUAUUAUUGAAACUCUUGUGAAAUAUGGAAGGGCCAUAGAUUCCUUCUAUGGCAGGUAACGAAACUUAAAAAACAUGAACAUCAUAUAGUUGAGUUGCCCUGGACAGAAACAGCUUUCUGCAUUAAUGUCAUAUGCGUGUGUCUAAAUGAUAGAUUAAAGAAAUGGAGAACUGAAACUA